AUGUCAGCCGAAGCGUUGAAAGAGCUCGGAAACGAGCACUACGAACAAAAGAGAUAUAACGAAGCUAUAGCGAGCUAUACUACCAUCAUCGACCGCCUCGGCGGUGCGGAAGCACCAACAAUCCCUCUCCUCCGCACAGUAUAUGCUAAUCGCGCACAAUGCUACAUCUGUCUUGAGGACUACGAGAGGGCAAAGAACGAUUGCCUUCACGUUCUCGAGAACUACCCCUUCCCCGCAUCCCCCAACGCUGACGAGCGUCGAAUCAUGAGGAAGAUCCACGAGUGCCUCGGGGUCAGCUACUCCCAUCUCCGCAUGUUUGAUGAAGCGCUGGAGCAACAAAGGAUCGUGGAAGAGAUGAGAGGAACCAGGGCUUACCGUCCCAUCAUCGUCGAUCCGCCACCAGAGCGUCAAGCUCCCUCCAACGUAGCAACUCGACCCUUCCGCUAUGAAGUCAAGGUCUUGGAAGGGGCCUCUCCCAUCGCCUCGAACCGCGACACCUUCAUCUACACAGAACAAGUCCCCGUCCAUUUCUGUGGAAGGGCAGGUCUAGCGGCGAACCCGUCGGAGGCGGCUCACUUCUUGAACUCGCUGGUCAGAAAGCACUACCGGGAGAUCUGGGAUUCGAGCCCUAGAUGGAAUUGCGUCGCCUGCGAUAAGAGGGCGACGCUGAUGCUGCACACCCCUCAAGGCCAUCUUCACGAAGACCCGCCAUUCAUCUUCGACAUGGCCCAUCCCAUCUGUGAAAGUGGAGGGAGGUGUGAGACGAAUUCACGACAGGACACCAAUGAUAUUAUGUCGCUGAGGGCCAACUUUGGACCUCGAACGGCCUGA